GUCGACGGCUGCGCACAGGUGACACAAGCUGGAAGCGAAUCGAAUAGAAGACGCUAGGCAGCGAUCGUACAGCAGUUAGUCUGUGGAAGUUAUUCGAACCGUUAAGUGGUGUGCUAACCAGCCAAAAAGUGCCUAGUGUAACGAGCAGGCGAGCAAUCAGAAAAAUUGAAAAAAAACCCUCAAAUCAAAAUUUUUAUGAAAAGUGCUGAGCAGUGUUUCAAUUUAACGACUAUUGACUGGCAAUUGCUGCUGCAAUACGAGUAAAUAAAGUUAAAUAAAUAAAUAUUUUAUAAAACACAAUUUGCGCUGCAGUUGUUGUUGUAGUGUAGCGUAGGGCUUGGCGGUUAGUGCUGUGCGGUGUACGAACUGAUUCUUGCAAAAUUAUCGGUGUUUUAAAGGAACUGUCAGUGAUUUGACGAAAACUCGUAUACAUAUGUAUGUGUACAAAAUAGCUUGAAAUUUUGUUUGAAAACUGCAUUUUAAGAAAUUGAAAGUUUGGCAAAAAAGAAACACUUAAGUUUUUUGCACAAUAUUUUAACUAUUUCACGGUGUCGGAUUGUACAACGCGCUGCAGUUUAAACACAACGGAGAGUCGUUUGGUCGUAAAUUUAGCAAGAUAUUUCCGUUGUGUACUGAAUUUUCCGGAAGUCUCUCACUUAAAGAAGCAACUAUUUAAACCUUAAUUAACUGUAAUAACCAAAGCAGUUAGCGAAAAUGUCAGCUGUACGCAUGAACGAUACGAAUACGAUUGUUGAUCGUAUGGUCAACUUUCUGGUGGAGCACGAGGAUAUGCGCACGAAGAGCUGGUUCCUGUCGAAUGCGCCCGGUCCGCUCUUCAUGAUCUUGGCUGGUUACUUGUAUUUCUGUUUGUAUGCGGGACCGCGUUACAUGCGCGAUCGCAAGCCGUUCGAGUUGAAGAACACACUGUUGGUGUACAAUGCGGUGCAGGUGCUCUUCAGUUGGGUGCUAUUCUAUGAGGGUUACAAAGCCGGCUGGGGUGGACACUACAAUUUCCGUUGCCAACCCGUCACCUAUUCGACAGAUCCGAUUUCCAUGAGGAUGGCGCGCGCUGUUUGGUUGUACUACAUUGCCAAACUCACUGAAUUGCUCGAUACCGUAUUCUUCGUUUUGCGCAAGAAGCAAAGGCAAAUCUCCUUCCUGCAUCUGUAUCAUCACACCCUGAUGCCCGUUUGCGCCUUCGUGGGCGUUAAAUAUUUCGCCGGCGGCCACGGCACACUACUCGGCUUCAUUAACUCCUUCAUACAUAUCAUUAUGUACGCCUACUACUUGCUCUCUGCCAUGGGUCCCAAGGUACAGAAGUACUUGUGGUGGAAGAAAUACAUUACCAUUCUGCAAAUCAUUCAAUUCCUGAUCAUCUUCGUGCACACUCUACAAAUCCAAUUCCAACCAAGCUGCAAUUUCCCCAAAUCCAUUGCUGCUCUAUUGACCUUCAAUGCCGGUCUCUUCACCUACAUGUUCAGCUCGUUCUAUAUUAAGAACUACAACAAGGAGGCCGCACAAAAGGCGAAGGCGGAUGCUGCUGCUGUCAAACAGGAUUGAGCUACUUUUCUCAUCUCUUUUGCUGUUCUCUAUAUUUAUUUCAAUACUUUUGGCACUUUUCUGUGUUCUGCUGACUUUGGACACGGGACAAUUUAUACGAACUCAAUGCGAUCAAGUGUGUUGGUCAUGCGACAGUUUCGAGUGCCUCACUCAAGCGCCGCAGGAGUGUCUUCAUCGCUCUUGGAAAAACAUUUCGCCUAAGCCAAUUGAUUCAUGCUUUUGUUAUUGCACAUAAAUAUUGUGGAGUUGAAAUUUAUAAACAAAUUUUGAAAGGGUAGUUAAUCUAGCUUUGUAGAUAGUAGACUUGUACGCCCCCCCAAUGUACAUACAUACAAACAUACAUAUAUAAUAUGUAUAUUUAGUUAACAAUUAAUUUUUUUUAAUUGUAGUCAUAAGUGUAAAUUGUAAUUGCAAUUACUUGCGGUAUAAGUAAUUUGAAAAUAUAUAUAUUUAAGUUAUAGAACGAUCGUUGCGCUUUUGCCACGAGUCCAUAAUGCGAUAUUUGUUGUCGUACAAUUUUAUGAAGUGCAAUCGAACCAAAUAUUUUGAUUUAGUUUAAUUAGGUUAUGUGUAAAAUAUAUGUAAUCAAUGCUUGAUUUUUAUAUAUGUAUAUCCUUAACGACACACACACACACACAUACUACUUUCAUAAUGAUGAUUAUGUAAAUGUUUUUAAAUUCCUGCCUAUAAAUACAUAUGUACAUCUAUAUGCGUCUACUGUAACAGAACAGCACCAAAUAACUAAAAAAAAAAUUAUUAAAAAAAUUAAUUUUUAGUUUUUAUUUCUGUUCUGUUACAUUAGCCAUGUAUAACGAGAAAAAAUAGUUUUAAAAUUAUAUUAAUGUUUGAAUGAAAUUGAAUUCUUUUUGGAAUCUUUAACACUUCAUCAUAAAAACACAUAAACAUACAUAUGUACAAAAGUAAAUUAAGCAUAUAUAUAAAUAUAUGUGCGUGCUAUAGCUUUCCUGGUGCAUUAUGUAGUAUGUGCACCAGUCGGCUUGAUUUUUUACUAUGUUUGUAUAUACCUGGUAAUCGAAAACGAAUAAAUGUUUUUAGACAUGAA